AAAUUUUUAUCCGCAGACGCUUUCCGUAACUUAAAAAGGGUUGUUUGUUAAAAAGAGGAUCUUUGUGUGCUUAAAACAGCAAAAGAACAACGUACCAGAAGUUGAACGACGACAAUUCAAUUCCAUGUUUAGCAAAAUGGCUCAACCAAACACUGUGGGAGGAGGUGGCAGCGGCUCAGCAGCCGCUGGUGGACGACGCGUGCCGCUGUCGUUGAGCGGAGCCGGCGCUGGCUCUUCCCUGGCUCGGUUGCAGCAAGCAGCAGCCGCUGGCAGCAAUGGACGUUCGAAAAGUCCGCAAAACAAAAAGAAUGAGACAAAUAUCGCCAAUAGUGGUCCAUUUGUAGUUGUGAAGAAGUCGAGCAGCAACCAGCACCGAAUCUCGUCGGCUAGCUCCUCCUCGUCUUCCUCGUCUAAAGAUGAUGAUAAAAAAACUCAAAAUGGCGUUAGCAAAUCAUCCUCACAUGGAAAUUCAAAGGCUGCACAAAAUGGCAGUUCCUCCAUUCCCGUCGCCGUCGUCGUCAAGGAGCAACAAAAGUCGAAGGAGAAGCAAUCCGCCGAAAAGAAGGAAGCUUCACUCGAAGCAGCAGCCGCAGCUAAUGAUGAAGCCAAGCCAGCUAAGAAAGAGACAGAAAUAACACAGCCAACAGCUGGUGACAACAAGACUGAAGCAGUCGCCGACGCCGACGCCAUCGCCGCCGCCGUUUCCGAUAAUGAAUUGAAAAACGAGUCGGCCGUCGUGGUUCCAGCCACAUCCAGCACCACACCGACUGCGGAACGCAAAUCGUCGCGCAGAUCAGCCACACAACAGAAGUCGCCCGGCAAGCCGCAGCCGAGCAAGGAGUCGUCGGUGCAGACGAAACAGGAAACAGAAACAUUGCAAGCAGCAGCUGUGGAGGAUGUCGAAAUGGAGCCACUAACUGUGGAUGCCUCGCCCAUAAGGAGCGUGGCGAGCAGUGCACAGCCGACGGCCACAUCGACACCGGGUCGCAAUCUCUUCGGUUUCCAGAGCAGCGUCAGCAAGCAGGCCAACGAGGUGGAGCUUACCUCUCAGCAAUCGAUCUCGCCAGCAGUUGCCGUAGCGCGCAACUUUUCACAGAUAAGCGGACGACGUAGCAUACGCCCGGCCGCAAUCCAAACACCCGGCCGGAUGGGCAAUUAUCGCUGUUUGAAUACCAGCGAGCUGGACACCUCCGGCUUUACGAAUACUAGCAUGAAUGCCACCGUUGGCUCCGAGAUACCGAACAGCUCAUCGUUCUCGUUCUCUUUCUUUGGACGUGGGCGUAAGCGGGAGCGCACUCCGCCGCCGCUAUCGGGCAGUCAGUCGGCCAAUGAUUUGGCUCAGGAUGUGGAGAUGUCGCCGCCGAAGCGCGCACGCUUUGAGUUGUUCAGUAUGAGCCUGGCAUCGCCAUUCAGCAUGCUGCGCUCGCGCUUCUCCAAAGCCACUAUCAGCACACCGUCUUCGCGCAAGCAACUCGAUCAGACCCCACCCACUGGCGAUGAUGAGGAGGAUGGCGGCGUUGGCAAGGUGCAGAAUGUGUCGGGCAUUAUCAUCCAGGAGGAGGAAGAUCAGCUCAACAGAUCGGCGAGCAACAACAGCGAGGAUGUAACUGUCGCCAAGGAAGCUGGCCUGGAGACGCCCAAAAAGUGUGGAACAACGCCCAAGGAGCAGAAUGGCGAACAGAAUAAAAAGAAAGUGGGUGACGAGGAGCAAGCCGAGGAUGCUGUGGCCAAUCUACCCGCCACAGAUGGCGAACUGCCUGCCGAAGCCAACAGAUCGCGUUGCGCCAUAAUGUAAGCGAUUCGCCGACACGGAAUCUUGCUGCAGCAACCUCCAUCCCCACCCUUUGCUUCCUCCCCCGAAAUAUCCAUUAGCUGUUAAGAUUUAUGUCAUUAGUUGUUUUUUAACGUUGUGAUGAUUUGAUUCUUUGGUAAUUUGUGUUCUUGCGAAAAUUACAUGUUAAGAGUAAGCAGCAGCAGCUAAACGGGGCCUAAAACAACCAAAGCCAUCACGCCAUGUACCAUCGCUGGCUGCACCUCUUCCUCAAUCCGCUGGAUUUGGAAUUGGAAUUGUUAGCCAUGCGUUUUUCACAUGGAUAUCCCCCAUUUUUUGUGAGUCGUGAUUUCUUGCUGCGUAGCUGUGCUUGCCACAAGGCGCAGCUAUGCACCAACAAAUCUGGCCACGAAAAUACUGUCUCAGUACCCACGUACAACAUAAGGUACAAACAAACAGAUAAACAAAAACAACAAUUUAGACAUCAUACAACUUUAUAAUAUACAUAAGACAAAAUAUGUAGCCAUACCUGUGCAAGAAUAAUAAGAUUUAUGUAUCUCCGAGUCUUUUCCAUUUGUACUUGUGAACUCAAUUUUCAAUAAUAUAUAUCUAUAUAUAUAUAUAUAUAGUUAAAAAAUGGCAAAACAUUAUGUAUAAUAAAUUCGAUUAUUUUAUAAA